AUGCAAACUGGGGAGAUGGUUGCAACGGUGUCGAGUAAAAACCUCAAAUAUGUGUCGCUUGUGGUUCUCAUCGCACAAACCACUGCACUUGUUCUCAUUCUUCGUUAUUCGCGAACUCAGAAGCAUGAAGGCCCCAGAUACCUGUCGUCAACUGCUGUGGUCUUGGCUGAGAUAGUCAAGAUGGUUACUUGUGUUGUUGUCUUGCUACAUAACCAUGGCUGGAGACUAUCAUCUUUCCAAAGCGAGUUACACACCGAGGUAGUUGUGAAAAGAAGAGAUACGCUCAAGGUAGCAGUACCAGCUAUUCUCUAUGUUAUUCAAAAUAACCUGCUUUUCCUUGCGCUUUCCAAAUUGGACGCAGCAACAUACCAGGUCACCUAUCAGCUGAAAAUCUUAACUACCGCAUUGUUUUCCGUAACUAUACUUGGCCGCUCACUGAAUCGUUUGAAAUGGCUAGCACUUGUGUUAUUGACAGUUGGGGUUGCCCUAGUUCAGUGGCCAUCAGGAGGUCCAAAGAAAGGUCAAAGCAGUGGCGAUACCUCCGACAGCUUGAUUGGUUUGCUGGCUGUAUUGGCAGCUUGCUUCUCCAGCGGUUUUGCUGGUGUAUAUUUCGAGAAAAUUCUUAAAACAACUAACGUAUCGUUGUGGAUGCGCAAUCUUCAGCUAGCAUUUUUCUCCAUUUUUGGAGGUUUUCUCAUGUGCUGGCUAUAUGAUUGGGGAGCAAUACAGAAAGAUGGUUUCCUCCAAGGAUAUAAUACCAUUAUUUGGAUAGUUGUAGCAUUACAGGCUUAUGGUGGACUUGUCAUCGCUCUGGUAGUAAAAUAUGCUGACAACAUACUGAAAGGCUUCGCUGUGUCACUUUCAAUCAUAUUAUCUUCAUUCAUCUCCUGGUGGUUGUUGGGUGAUUUCACACCCUCAAUGAUGUUUGCCGCGGGUGCAACAACUGUGAUUCUGUCGACGUUCAUGUAUGGGUAUGAGCCGAAGGCCCCCACCCCUGCACACACAGCGUAUACGAAGCUGGACACUGAUCCACAGGAUGAGCCUCCCAUCUGAUUGCUUAGGUAAAGUGUGUGCUGUGC